AAACUUUUAAAAAAUAAUUUAUACAAGUUUGAAUUCAAUUUCUCAUAAUUUUCACUUUUCAUAAAUCACAGGUAGUCUUUCACUACCUUGCCGGCUUGGAAGCUAAAGCAGAGCUCUUGGCAUCCCAACCCACAGGGUUUCAAGAAGAUGGAGACUAGGGUUCCUGUACCAAGCUAUAAUUUGAGAUCAAACAGUUCUUAUAUUGAUGGAAGCAAGUCUGCACGUGAUCUUGAUAAUGGUGACGGUAGGCAUGUUGGUGAAAUUGAUGGUACUGAGCACGAUGGUGUAACGGGUGGUGAUUUGGAUAAUGAUGGGGAAUCUAGCGCAGUUGACUGCUUACAUGAAACAUACGGAAAUUCUCUACCACUUCCAUGUGUUGGGGUGGAUGAAGAUCGUUCCAGUAUUGAGAAUAAUGGGCCUUCUAUAGAUCCUUACGGUGUAUGUACCAUUGAGGAUGUUACACCAAUUGAAGCUGCAAGGGCAAGAUUUUUGGACAUUUUGGUAAAUCAUUUUAUAAGUUCACAUGUAACUGAAGCACGAGAUCCGGAAGCAGACUAUAUAACUCAGGCUGCAGAAGAUAAAGCAAGCAAGAGGAAGUCGAGAGAGAUUCUGUACGAAGGAGAUGCACGUUAUGUAUUGCCUAUGAUGUAUGUGGCCAAUAUGUAUGAAACUUUGGUCAAUGAAGUGAAUAUGAAACUUUCUUCAGUAAAUGGCAUGCGUGAGAAGUCCAUUGGUGUCCCCCUGGAAGCAGCUGGUGGUCUGUACAGAAAGCUUGCCAAAAAGUUUCCUAAGAAAGGAACUUGUGUAUUUAAGAGAAGAGAAUUGGCAACUUCAAUGGAGACAAGAUCAAGAUUUCCGGAGCUUGUAAUACAAGACGAAAAGCGAGUUCGUUUUGUCGUUGUCAAUGGUUUGGCCAUCAUUGAGAGGCCAACUGAUGUGGGUAUUGGUGAUGCAGAGUGGUUUAAAAGAUUGACUGGUCGUAAUGAAGUAGCUAUCUCUGCCGCAGACUACAAAUUUUAUGCUCCAAGACACAAGUACAGGCGUGUUUCAUCUUCAAAUUCUAUUUCCAAUGUCCACGGUUUGCCUUCCUUUUCCAAUACUGAUUCUGCUUCUCCAAUGACUACUUCCCAAGGCUAUCACCCUAUCACUGAGCCUCAACAGCAGCAGAUCUCAUCAAACCAUCACAUUCAAACUCUGUCACAUUCGGGCCAGUUUCAUGCCCUGCACCAAAGUCAACAUCAAUCUAUCAAUCAAAGUCAACAUGUAGGGCACUUCUCUCACAAUCACCAGUGUGGACCCUCAAGUCAUCUUCCUGAUGUUGCAGAUGGGCAGCAACCUACAUCAAUUUCGCAACAUAUGGCUUGCAUACAACCACUAGCUCAUGCUGCAGGGCGUUUGCAUGUACUACCAUCUGGUCCUCCAAAGUAUUGCGAUGAAUGUGGAUCUCCCUAUCUGAGAGAAACUUCCAAGUUCUGUUCAGAAUGUGGUUUUAAGAGGCUAGGAAUAUGACGUCAUCCGUCUCUUCUCCAUCUCAUCUGUAGAUAUUUUAAAGACUUUUCAUUUGCAUUAUGGCGCAGUAAGCUGGUUUAUAGGUUCUCCUAGAUGCUCAUAUACAAGGAACUAGGAAGGGUGCUGGAUGUGCUUGUGGAGCAACAGGUGUACACAUUGUCUUGUCGUAUUUCCAUUGUUGCGGCAACAAGAAGAAUUACAACCAAUGCAUUCUUAAAUCGGUAACGUUUAGUUGGGGAUUAUUAGAAUGUAACUGGUAGUAGUGGUAGAAUGCAUAGAAGUGAAUUUUCCACCCUAUUAUUGAAAAGGAUAUGACAAAUAUAUUUUUAGAAAAAUUUAUCAUCUUUGAUCAAAAUAUUCUGCAGGAAUUUUGUUGAGAAUAUUUAGAUGCCUGAUGUUAGUGUGUGUAUAUGUAUUCUAGCUCCAAAUGUAUGUAUAUGUAUAUAUCUCGUACUACUUCUCAGUACAAUCUCAAAUAUUCUCAAUAUUUCUACCCCAUCAGUAUCACAAAGUUAGUGGCUUGCUAUAUAUACUAGGAUGUGUCACAUGUCUGGCACAUGGCAGCUCUUGUGCUUUGAUUGUUA